AUGUGCACUUCUUGUGACAACCCUUGUCAGCCAAAUCCCUCUCCUCCUCCGCCGACUCCAUCUCCUCCGCCUCCAGCCACCACCACCACCACUGCCUGUCCUCCGCCUCCUAGAACUGGCGGUAGUGGUGGUGGUCCUUACUACUACUACCCACCUCCUUCUCAGUCUGGCUCUUACCUUCCACCACCAUCUUCUUCCGGCGGCGGUGGCUACUAUUAUCCGCCGCCAAAAAGUGGAGGGAACUACAACCCUUUCACCCCGCCGCCAAACCCAAUCGUUCCGUACUUUCCGUUUUACUACCACAGCCCUCCGCAGCAAUCUAUUGUGUCGUCCGGAUCCGAUGUGAAAGUCAAACUCUCUUACGGGUUUUCUUUGGUCUUAAUAUUUGCUCUGUACUUUUAA